AUGGCGAACAACUAUGGGUCUGCCGGAGGUAGCGGCGGUGGUGGCUUUGACUGGAACGCUCUCUUCCUCAGCAGCGGGUUCAUGCCUGGCAAUGGUGCAGCCGGCGGAGCAAACGCGAACGGCGUCGGUAUCAACGCUGCUGGUACUUUAGGAUAUCAGCAGCAGCAACAACAACAACAACAACAACAACAACAACAACAACAACAGCAGCAGCAGCUGCAGAGAAUGGCGGGCAUGAUGGCCCAGCCAUCUCCACAUCCGCAUCCACAACAGCAACACCCUCACGCCCAGCAGCAGGCAAACAGCGACCUGGCGGCCAUGCUCGCUAGCUUCAACCAGCAGAACCCGCAACAGCAACAACAACAGCAGGUCAUGCAAGGCAUGUUCAACAACAAUUCAUUGCAAAGUUACGCCAUGGCUGCUCCCGGCGGUACCAGCGGUGGGGCGAGCGCGUCAGGAGCAGGAGCGGGGGCCGCGGCCGCUGGGUCCAUAGGCCUCAUGGGGUUUCCGCAGCAGGCCCAGCAUGCUCUUCAGCAGCAGCAGGCGGCGCUGUCGCAAUUCGGCUCCUCGCAGCAACAGCAGGGCCAGCAGCAGCGUCAGCAACCCAUGGCUCAACAGCAGCAGCAACGACAACAAAAGCAGCCACAGCCGCAGCAGCAAAUGGCUGCGGGCGGCAUGCUGCCGUGGCAACAACAGCAGCAGCAGCCCACUCAUACGAACCACAGUGCAGCUGCGGCGGCUGCCGCUGCCGCAGCGGGCUUAUCGGCACAGCAGCGCGUACAGCAACAGCAGAUGAUGUCUGGUUCUGCGGCAGUGGCGGCAGCCGCUGCAGCGGUGCAGGGGCGAUCGCUGAUGCAGCAGCCACAAGGCGCCCCUGCUCAACAUGCGCAGCAGCACAUGCCAUUCAUGACUUCGCAGCAGCCAGGCGCUGCUCAGCAGCAGGGCGGCGCAAGUGCGAUGAGCAUGAUUGCUCGUCAGCAGCAGGCGCAGCAGAAGGUGCCAGGCCAGCAAUCACAGCCACAGCAGCAGCAACCGCCUGUGCUAGGGCUUGGUCCAAUGCAGAGCACUCCGGCCCAGUUGGCCGGCUGGCUGACCCGCGCUGGAGCCGGCGUCACGGGAAAGGACAUGUCGGAUGCACAGCGUGCUCAGCUGCAGGCUGCGAUAGAGAAGCAGCGCCAGCAGCAGCAAAACCAGCAGCGCGGCUUCCAGCAGCAGUACAAUGUGGUCUCCACGACGGGAAACGGGCCGGCCGCUUCUGGCAGCAUGGGCAUGUUCACCAUGCCCGACUUUUCUGGCGGUCGGCAACAGCAGCAGCAGCAGGCGCCACAUCAACCGUCGCAUCCGCAACAGCAGCCACCCGUGCAGGGUGGCCAGGCGCAGCCGGGCAUGACGCCGCAGGCUCAGUACGCGGCGCUCGCGUCGCAGAACCCCGAGGCUUUCGUCAACAUGCUCAAGCAGCGCAUGUUGGGCAUGCGCGAGAAGCUAUCGCAGACGAGCGGCCAGCAGCGCGCCAUGCUCGAGAAGAACAUCAACGACGCACAGAACAUGCUCAACACCAUGCGUGUACGCAUGGCCCAGCACAUGCAGCAGCAGCUCGCGUCGCAGGGUCAGGGCCAGGGCCAGGCACCGCCCACCGCCGCCACUGCCGCGGCUGCUGCAGGUGCCGGCGCAGGCGGCGUGGGCGCGGGGCCUGCGGUGAGCCCGCAGCAGCAGCACCUGCAAGCAGCGCGCCCGCCGCCGAUGAGCGCCAUGGGCGCCAUCACGCGGCCAUCGCCUCAGCUCGGCCGGCCGGUGUUCAGCCCGCCGUCGGCUGCGGGCACGCCCAUGUUGCAACAGCAGGGCAGCCCUCUCCUUCAGCAGCACCAGCCGCCGCCGCCAAGCAAUACUGCACCGUCGCCUUCGCAGCGCAGCCAGACCAGCAAGGUUGGCACACCCAGUGCGGCCACGGUGUUGGCGUCCGGGAGCAACAGCACUGUUGCAGCCGCAGCGAUUGCCGGCCUGCCGGACCUGUCCGAGGAAAAGUUCAAGCGCGCGCUGAACGAUAUCAUGGCCAAGCGCGGCACGCCGAUCAGCUCGCAGCCCAUGGCGGGCGGCAAGCCGCUGGACUUGUACAAGCUCUACACGAUCGUGCACAACCUGGGCGGCAGCGAGGCGGUGCAGCGCAACAACCAGUGGGUCAGCGUCGUCGCCGCGCUCGACCUCGCACCACCAAGCUCGGCGAUGGCGAUGACGCUGGCGCUCCAGGUGAGCCAGCAGUUCAAGAGCCUCAUCGUCCCGUUCGAGGAGACGUGGACCAAGGCCAUGAACCAUAUGAAGGAGCAGGAGGAGUUCAUGGCCCGCAUGCAGCAAGGCGGCAUGCCCCUCAUGCCUGGCCAGCCGCCACAGCAGGUGCAAGCUCAGCAGCCACAGCUACAGCCUCCGCUGCUGCCUGCUGGUCCCCCGCCGAAACUCAGCCAGGAACAGCUUGCAUCAAUGGGCGUCACGCAAGAGCAGUUCGAGACUGUUUACAUCAACCAGCAGCGCAUGCGCAUGCAGCAACAGCAGCAACAACAACAACAACAACAGCAAACCCCGGAGCUACAGAUGCGCAUCCAACAACAGCAUCAGCAGCGCCAAGAGCAGCUUGCAGCCGUGGCACAGUUGCAGGCGGGCGCUGGUGCUGGUGGAGCAGGUGCAGCCCAGCCUGGUGGACCCAUGGCCUCGCUCAUGCCGCCGCCUAUGGCGCAGCAGCAGCAGCAACAACAACAACAUUGGGCGGCGCAGCAACAGCAGAAUACCGGGCAGCCCGGCCAGGCGCCAGGGCCUCAGCAGCAGCAGGGUAGUCAGGUGCAGGCACCGGGGACGUGGCAGGUCAACUCGAGCGGGUUCCCACCUGCCAAAUCGCCGGUGACACCGGAGAUGCUCGAGAAUGCGAGAAGAACCAUCGCGUUGAUGGAGGAGGAGGCUUUGCGGGAUAAGAAACCCUGGCCACCCGUGGCAGACAUGUCCGAACAGGAGCGCCAAGUUGUCUUGGCGCAAAUCGCUCGCAUUGGGACGCUGGAGCGCAUGGUCUCUGCAUUGAUGCCCGCGUUCUUUGCGAUGAACGGCAACGUCCUCGCAACGCAGAAGCUGACAGCGAUGCUAUUCGUCCUGCGCGACCAGAUGCGCAUGGCCGAGUCCGGCCAGUGCAUCCUGCGCAGUACGGACCUGGAGAAGAUGAAGAUGCAAAUGACACGGUGCAUCUACUUCGUUAAAAGCAGCAACCCCGAAUUGGCGCGGCAGGUCAUCGAGGAGAAAGGCCUCCGCGACUUUGUGGGCGCCUGGGCAAACUCGUCUUCGCAGCAACAACAGCAGCAACAGCAACAGCAACAGCAGACCAGCGCGUGGCAGCAGCAACAGCAGCAUGCAGCUCAGCAGGCUCCUCAGCAGCAGCAGCAGCCGUCGAUCAGUCGUGGACCCUUAAGAGGUCUGACCGCUAACGACUCGCCGAACCUCCAGGCUGCAUCUGCUUCUGCAUCCGACCUCGCACAGUCCGCUGCCAAGCGCACCUCUCGUGUCGAGGAGAUCAAGCCGCCACCCGCCAAGCGUACGAAGAUGGCCAAGUCUGCUUCUUCCGCCUCGAUCGCCGCAACCUCUGCGCCUGCGGACUCUAGUCCGGUUGCUGCCGCUGCAACGUCCGACACGCCGCCGUCCGCGGACAACUCCGGGUCGCCUCAAGCCAAAGGCAGCGCCAAGAAGGGCGCCAAGGGCGGCUCUGCUGCCGCUAAGGGCAAAGGCCCUGCGGCUAUGAAGAGAGGGAAGGCAGCAGCAGCAGUCACUACUGCUACUGCGGUGGCGGCGACAGCAGCGAACAAGGACAACGAGGCUAGCAAGGAGACAGAGACGGCGAAAAAGUCGCGUGCGGACAUCGUGGCCGAUGUCAAGGGCGACAUGGCCAACGACGAAGAGCGCAAGAAGCGCGACGGCACUCUAGGUGCGCUUUCCGUACAGGAAUCGCAAAUGCGCGCGCUCGAAGAGGGGCAGGCGAGGCAGCAGCGAGACAAGGAGCUAUCUGAAAAGGACCCUGCCGCAUUUGUCGAGCAGGCCUUCCAGGAUUACCUGUCCUCACAGCCUGCGCCGUCCCACAAUCCGUUCGGCGGCCCUUUCGGGUCCACCAUGAACAUCGGAAGCAUGGCUUUGCCAGCAGCCAGUGGUGCAGACUCGAAAGGGUUCGACUCGCUGCUCGCGAUGCUUGGCCAGGACAACAGUGCUUCCGGCGGCACCGCAGCUAUCAGCAUGUCGAAUCCGCUUCUAUCCAUAUCAGGCACCGACAGCAUUCGACAGCAGCUAGAUGCGCAAGCAUCUGCGGAUAUCGACCUCUUCGACUUCAUCGAUGUCGACGCCAUGGGACCUGAGACCUUUCGAGACUUUUCAGCCUUGACGUCAGGGGCAACAGCAGCGACCGGUCUCGGUCUGUUUGAGGACGGGUCGAUCGCAACGCCGGACCUGGGUGACAGCUCUCGCAUGACCUCCUCCAGCUCUGCAGCUCCGACGCCAGCACUGUCCUCCUCUGCCACCAACUCCGCAGUUCGAAGCAAGCUCUCCUCUGAAAUGGCAGCAGCUGGAUUCGACAUGAGCUCGGCGAGUCCUUUUGGGAUAGCCGCUGACAGCAGCGAUGAGGGCGAACCCAGUCCGACCGACGGUGUCUCCCUUUUGGGCGGCGCCGUCGCCAUGGCAAAGGAUUCGGUCUCUCUCAACGAUAGGUCAAAAGGUGACGAGCAGGCAUCUUUUGGCACUAUUGCUGGCAGCGGCGGUAAUGACAACUGGUUCGACGCGAACCACUUCCUCGGCAACGAGCAGCCUUGGGCGCUGUUGAGCUCGUAA